AUGUAUAUUCCAUCAAUUUAUCCAAUGAAAAAUCGUUAUAAAACUCAUCAACAACAAUAUGCGUUAAUUGAUCUUGAUCAUAAUGAGGAUAUGUUUUCAAAUCAAUGUGGUAUCAAAAAUAAGCAAGAUGAUGAAGAAGAUACUGAUAUGCUAACUUUUAUAUGGGGUAUAACGAAUUGGUUUUUAAAACAGGGCUCGACAGGUUUACAAAAAAUAAAAUAUGACAAUCGGAUAAAACAAUUUGGUGCUGAAAUAUGGUAUUUUUUCACCAACGCACAAUACUGGAUUCCAUUUUUACUUAAUCAAUGUGGUUCUGUACUUUAUUACUAUAGUCUUUCAAAAACUGAUUUUUCGACAGCUGUACCUGUAACCAAUGCUUUAACACUUUUAAUAACAUACUUAUGUGAUGUUAUUUCACGUCCACAAUUAUUAAAUUCAAGAUUUUUGAUUGAUCACAAAAUGUUCAAUAACAUUAGUAAUCGAACAUUUUCUAUCAUUCGUCAUGGUUUAAAACCUUCAUUUUCUAUGCGAAUUCAAAAUGCAUCGACAAAAGUACGCUUUAAUUAUGAAGAUGCAUUUGACCUUGAAUCUCAAUUAAAAGAUGAUGAACGAAUGGUACGUGAUCAAUUUCGUAAUUAUUGUCAAGAAAAAUUAAUGCCAAGAGUAAUUGAAGCAAAUAGAAAAGAAAUUUUUCAUACGGAAAUAAUGCGUGAAUUAGGUGAACUUGGUGUUCUUGGUCCAACUAUUCAAGGUUAUGGUUGCGCUGGUAUUUCAUAUGUUGCAUAUGGGCUAUUAGCUAGAGAAAUCGAACGUGUCGAUAGUGGUUAUCGUUCAGCAUUUAGUGUUCAAUCAUCACUCGUUAUGUUUCCGAUCAGCGAAUUUGGAACAGAAGAGCAAAAAGAGAAAUAUCUACCGAAAUUAGCUACGGGCGAAUUAAUUGGUUGUUUUGGUCUUACGGAACCAAAUCAUGGUUCUGAUCCUGGUUCUCUGGAAACACAAGCACAUUGGGAUGAAAAUAAACAAGUUUAUAUAUUAAAUGGCACGAAAUCAUGGAUUACUAAUUCUCCUAUUGCUGAUAUUGCUGUUAUAUGGGCAAAAUGUGAUGAUAAAGAAAUUCGAGGAUUCAUUUUAGAAAGAUCUAUGAAAGGUUUUACAACACCAAAAAUUGAAGGAAAAUUUUCAUUACGUGCUUCAAUUACUGGACAAAUUGCUAUGGAUGAUGUUCAGGUACCAAAAGCAAAUUUAUUACCAAAAGUUAAAGGUUUAAAAGGUCCAUUCAGUUGUUUGAAUAAUGCACGAUUCGGUAUCGGAUGGGGAACAUUAGGUGCUGCUGAAUUUUGUCUUCAUACUGCUCGUCAGUAUACUCUUGAACGAAAACAAUUUGGUCGACCGUUAGCACAAACUCAAUUGAUUCAAAAGAAAUUUGCUGAUAUGUUAACUGAAAUAACAAUUGGUCUUCAAGCAUGUUUUCGUGUUGGUCAAUUAAAAGAUGAAAAUCGGCAUGAAUAA